UCUACCUGUAUAGAGACAGGUUUGUUGCAUUUACUAUUGUUUGAGAAUUGGUAGAGAAUACAUGAGCUAUGUGGGGAAACAUUCUCAAAAUUGCUCUCUUGGGCGCAUCAAUAGGAUUUGUUUGGAGUGAUACGAACUAUAGAUUAAAUACUACCAUCAAACCCUCAGCUUAUUCGAUAGCCAUUACACCAUAUUUUGACACAGGAGAUGCAAAUGCAUUUAAAUUUGACGGAGAAGUUUCUAUAACAUUCGAACCUGGAACCAGUAUUAGCACAAUCAAGAUACACUCUGAAGGCUUAGAAUUCAGUGCUAAUAAUAUCACUUUGAGCAACAGAUCUGGGGACAUCAACUUAAAUAUAAGUAAUCCCUUAGUUUUUGAAGAAAAAUAUUCGUUUGCUCAUAUAAAUUUAGAAGCAGCGAUACCAGCUGACGUUGAACAUGUACUCAAAAUUAAGUACAAAGGUCCUAUUAGAACUGAUCUAAACGGCUUUUAUAGAAAUUACUACUUUGAAAAAGGAGUCAAAAAAUGGCUCGGUGCCACUCAAAUGGAGCCCACGCAUGCAAGGAAGGUAUUCCCAUGCUUCGACGAACCGGAACUAAAAGCUGUAUUCACCCUGGCCAUCGACAGGCCUUCGAAUUACAAGCCUUCGUUAGCAAACACAAAAUUACAGAUAUCUGUUGAACAGACUAAUGGCUACAUUCGAGAUAUAUUUUAUCCAACGCCUAGAAUGUCUACGUACCUCGUCGCGUUUCUGGUAUCCGAAUUUGACGCCGUAACGAAUAUUAAUAAUACCGAGGAAUUCGGAAUCUACUCGAGGCCGGAGGCUAUCAAUCAAACUCAAUAUGCAUUCGAUUUCGGCGUGAGGGUUGUGAAAGCUUUGAGCGAUUACUACGGUCUGGACUACUAUUCGACCGAUAGCAAUAUAAAGCUAGAUCACAUUGCUCUACCGGACUUUAAGGCGGGCGCUAUGGAAAAUUGGGGACUGGUAAAGUACAGGGAAGCGCUGCUACUGUACGUCCCGGAGGAAUCUUCGCCGCAAUAUAAAUACCGUGUUGCUCAGAUCAUAGCUCACGAAACAACGCACAUGUGGUUCGGUAACCUCGUCACCUGUCAUUGGUGGAGCAACACGUGGCUGAACGAGGGCUUCGCUAAUUAUUUCCAGGAUUACAUCACGGCAUUGAUUGAGCCUGAAGUUGGUUCAAAAGACAUGCUAGUUAUUGGAUCAGUGUACUCUGCUUACGACGCUGAUGAUGAACCGGACUCGCCGCCCAUUACCAAUGACAAUGUCAACUCACCUGCGGAAAUAAGUGCACACUUCGGCACCAUCACCUACCAGAAGGCCGGAUCAGUCAUACGAAUGAUCCACCAUUUGAUAGGAGACGAGGCUUUCAAAUUCGGCCUGACUUCAUACUUGAUUGCUAAUGAGUUCGAGUCUGGUACUCCUGACAAGUUAUACACUGCGCUCAAUUUCGGCGUCGCCCAAUACAACUCAAUGUCACAGUAUCCUGACUCUGACGUCACCACGGUAAUGAGCUCUUGGGUGUCACAAGCCGGACAUCCGAUCCUCAAGGUCGACGUUGACUACACAACAUCCACGAUAACCUUAACUCAGAAACGUUUUUACAUAAACUCCUCUCAUAGCUCAAACGAGCUCUACAUGAUCCCGAUAACCUACACAGUUGGGAACAACCCUAACUUUACCAAUACUAAGCCAGUGUUUAUAAUGAAGGAGUCAUCUCGCAUCAUCUCCGUACCAGAUCUGAACACUGAGUCCCAUAACUGGGUCAUUUUCAACAUCCAGGAGACUGGUCUAUAUCGCGUCAACUACGAUGAUCACUCGUGGAUAAUGAUAAGGAACGCACUGAAGGAAAAACGAGAGAGCAUUCAUUAUUUAAAUAGAGCAAAGAUAAUAAAUGAUCUGUUUGGACUGCUCCACGCAGACGAAAUUAAUUUCAAACAAUUGCUAGACGUAUCCCAGUUCUUGAAGGACGAGACGGAGUAUGCGGUGUGGUACGCCGCUAUUCGUGGUUUCAGUCGACUACGGAAUUAUUACACAGGGACCGAUGCUAUGAAACUUAUUGACGAUACCAUUCUCGAUUUGAUGGACAACAUAAUAACAAAAUUAGGAUAUGCAGUAGGUUCAACAGACAGUCUAACAACUCAGAAAAAUCGUAUGCAAAUCUUACAGUUUGCGUGUAACAUAGGGCAUAAAGACUGCAUAGAUCACGCGAUAACUCUAUUCAAAAACUUCAGAAAUAAUGGCACAGCAAUUCAUCCAAGUUUGAGGCCAGUUUCAUAUUGCACUGGUCUGCGUUUUGGAGAGGCGAGUGACUACGAGUUUAUGUGGAGCCGCAUGUCUUCUACCAAUGUAGCGAACGAAGCUAGGACCAUCAGUGAAGUUUUGGGAUGUACUGUGCAUGAAGAGAAAUUAAGGAGCUAUCUUUCUUCGAUGCUGGUAGAGAACAGCCCGAUUCGAACCCAGGACCUCACCGCACCACUGACGAGCGUCUUAUCUAACUAUAGCAAUGUUGAUCUUGUCCUGGAUGUACUGAAGCAAAACAUGACACUUUGGAAAACUGUAUACUCGUCUAUGGACGGUGUUCUAUCCGCCGUAGCAUCAUCUCUACACACCCAAGCUGAUUUUACCAAGUUUGAAGCUUGGUUGUCAUCGUGUACGGAAUGCGACCAGCAGGCUUUGGCGAGUGCUAGAAAUGCUUUGAGCAAGUCCAAGGAAGCGAAGAGUUGGGCUGUCAAACAUGAAGCCUUUAUUAUUGACACCUUGAAGAACAACGCGAAUAUUUCCUACUCAUCCACCCUUUUAGUUCUUAUCAUGGUUGCCUUUACUUUGAUAAGUUCGUAAUUUGUUAAGAAAUUUUAUAAAAUAUAACGAUGUACACAAAAAUUUUUUUUUAAUUUUAGGAAAUAUUAUAAAGACAAAA